GUUCAGCUGCUUAACGAAGUCGUGGGCACUGCAGUUGGCGUACUGAUUUAUUCCUUUUGCUGCGCAAUAUGCUCUUUGCUCUUGAUAUGGCUGGUUUGGGUCCACCAUGAGCGAGACAGUUUUGUUGCACUGCUGUCCUAUUCAACCCUCCUUAGCACCAUAACGAGUAUCAUCCAGCAGAUACACACAAUCAUCGAUUGGAGGGAUAUCAGAAUUGAACAAUACAAUAACUCGGUUUCCCACAAUAGGAACGCCCAGAUCAUCGUAGCUAGCCCAGCCGUUGGCUUAGACCUCAUACUCUUCUACAUCCAAUAUUACUGCUACAAUGUUGAGGGGCUACUUACGCUCUUCUGGGCCACCGCUCUCACCCAUUCAAUUUAUGGCUUUGCAAACCCGCCAUCAUUCAAGGCGAUACGGCAUGCGGUAAGCCCAGUAGCAAAAGUCAUAGCCGUGCUGUUACCGGCACUUUUCAUCGGUCUCCUUCAGAUAAAAACUCUGCAAACCUCACUUGUGGCUUUCUUGGUGGUAGCAAAUAUCAACAUGAUGGCUACUAUGCUCUUCGGGAGUAUAAUCUUACUGGUCAUACUUGGAAAGUACGUACACACCCGACGGCAGCUGCUCUCCUGGGACGUAUACGGCGCGUCAGCCACGUCCCAAACAACAGCCGUGGGCUCCAGACACACAUCAAGGUCCAGAUACCGAAAGAAAAGUAUCUAUGACCGAUGGUUGAUCGUGCGCUUCACCGUUGCGUUUGCGGUUCUGGCCGGCUUCCAGCUGGCCACCAUCUUCUUUGAGGUGGAAUCAAUUUACAGAAACAGCAGCGAAGCUAUCACCAAGGGCCCAGACCUCACUGUGGCAACAGCCAAAGCCGAUUUUCUCUUUUUCUUGCCCGGCGUCUCACCGAGUAUCCUCGUGUUUGUGGUCUUUGGCACUACGAAACCUUUUUGCGACACGAUGAGAUAUACGUUUAUACCAAAACGAUUCCGACGG